UUGAGGGUCUCGUGCCAACCCACUUGCGUGCGCGGCGGCGGAGCGGCUUUUCCAUACGAGGCGAAGCUUGUGGACUAUUGUCAGUAUUGUCGCGAGUUUACGAAUCAACCAUCCACCGCAAAGAUCCGCACAAUUCAGGCAGUAAACAUCGGACGGUCGCGGAGAAAGUUGCCUUAAGCUGUUCAACAUGGAGUCUGUUCUAGGGAACCGGCCUACAUCAUGCGACACCUUUGUGGCCUUGCCACCGGCCACACGCAACGACUGCAUCGUGUUUGGCAAGAACUCUGACCGUCCCGCGGGGGAGGUGCAGGAGGUGGUGUACGUGCCCAAGACCCAUCACAGCACCUCCACCAAGUUGCAGUGCACCUACAUUGAAGUUGACCAGGUGGCUGAGACAUGCGCAGUCAUGCUGAGCAAGCCGGCCUGGAUGUGGGGUGCCGAGAUGGGAGCCAACGAGCAUGGCGUCUGUAUUGGCAAUGAGGCCAUCUUUACACACCUCAAUGGACCAGAUGACCGCACCGAACGACUGCUGGGCAUGGACUUGGUGAGGCUCGGCCUGGAGAGGGGCAAGACGGCCCGCGCGGCGCUGGAUGUCAUAGUGUCGCUGCUGGAGAAGCACGGUCAGGGUGGACCGUGUUCGGACACGGACCCGUCGUUCACGUACCACAACAGCUUCCUCAUCGCCGACCGCACCGAGGCGUGGGUGCUCGAGACGGCCGGAAAGCUGUGGGCAGCCGAGAACAUCAAGAGUGGCUGCAGGAACAUAUCCAACUGCCUUUCCAUUGAGACCAAGAUUGACCUGUGCAGCCAAGGGCUGAAGGAGGAGGCAAAGAAGCUGGGCUUCUGGAACGACAGCCAGGGGGACCUCAACUUUCGCCUGGCAUUCAGCACGGGUGAGGUCGACAGCCGCUACACGUGCGGGAAGCAGCUUCUUGAGAAGCUCUCAGGAAAAGAGGAAGGCAUUGGAGAGCAGGAAAUGAUGAGGGUGCUCAGGGACAAGCGUAGCGGCAUUUGCAUGUCCUCCGGCUCCUUUGUGUCCACAGGCAGCCAGGUAUCUGUUCUGUCUCCUGCUUCGAGCAAGAGGCUGUGCUGCCACUGGUUCACGGGAACGCCUGACCCGGCACACUCAGUGUUCAAGCCCUUCAUUUUUUGUGAUCAAGUGGUUCCUUCGCGCCACAUCGUCUCGCCUGUGUUCGAGCACGACCCAGCGAAGACCAAGCCACGCUUCGAGUUCACCGUCGACCGUCGUCACACCCUGUAUCGGCACCACGAGCAGGCCCUGCAGGCGAUGCAGACAGGCAGUGCGUCGGGCAAAGAACUGCAUGCGCUCAUGACCGAGCUGGAGGCCAAGUGCAUCCGCGAGGUGGACAGCUACCUGGACAAUCCCGGGAGUACGCAGGAGCUGCAGGAGCUCUUCAAGGAUGUCGUUGAUAGCGAGAUCAAGUUCUACAAGUAGACAGCAUUCCCCCUUGCUCGUGUGGCACUUGCAUGCACCACCUUAUGUGUUGUUGGACGAGUCGAGGAGGCUUGCUCACUCGCCAUGCAUGCGUUUUGUUGCUCCUUCGUCAUUCCACUGCCACUGUUUCUCAACUCGGGGCACCCUGUGUGCACUGAACUGUAUACAGGUUGUGGGAGUGCUUUUCUUUUGGCGAGCUUUGAUGAAGCUAUACACUUUUUUGCCACUGGUUCAUUAUAACAAUUAUUAUGAAUGCCUGUUAACUCAGUGUGGCAAUUGUUAGACAUAAUGCUGCCUUAUCUGCUUGCAAUGAGUAGCUGCGGUGCCUGCUUGUGUUGACCAUGAAGCACGCACGGGUUGGUUGGUGGGCGUUGCAUAGACAUGAGCAGCUGUUAUCUCUGCUGAGUUUUUUUGUCUCAAGACAAUGGUAAUGGCGACUUGUUGAUGUAUUGUGAUGCUUCCUGUUUCUAAGUCAUUUUCUUUUUUAUUUAGAAACAAAGAUUCUAGUGUGCAAUAGGCUGUUUCUGUAUGCUGUGAUAGAUUGCUUUUUGGUGUACUACUCGUAACAUACAAUCAAGGGCGUUUCUUUUAGGUGCGUUACGCAACACUCACGCUUUUGGGCUUGGUAUAUUUUGAGAAUGAUGCUCCGACUGAAGUACUAGUAAUAUGCAACGUGCAUUUUGUAAGGCCGCAUAAACAUAAACAGAUGACCUAAUGCUUUCUACGUUCAGUCUCUUGACAUUGUGCACAGUGUUUCGAGCAUUAUUCGUAGUUUCUUGUUGCUUUGCAUUUUAAUGUAGCCAAGUGAGGGAUUCCAGUGUCAAUAUAUUCGGCACAAUCCUCAAAACAUCCUUGGAUGUGAAGAUUAAGUAGCACACCUUAACAUUCAGGACUUUGCCGACUAUCAUUUCCGGUGCUCUGCUCAAAUCAGUUGGUGGAGUGGAUGAAUGGGCAAGAAGAUCCAACAGCAUGCCAAAUUUGCAGUGUAAACAUUGAUUUAUGACAGCGUGCUCAACACUUUGGUCACCUACAACUCAUAAGUAAAAAGUUGGUUAUUUUAAUCUACUUUUAAAUUGUAAGCUGCUCUGAAGGCUUGUCAAAAAGCAUAUCUUGAAGGUAGCUUUCAAAGGAACUGUAACAACUGUAAACUGAUGAUCGACAAGUUUGAUUUCAAUAAAGCUGCUCACGUGUAGUUAUUUCUUGUGCCCUUGUGAGGAUCUUUUAUUCUUUAGUGUAUUGUAUUUUCUUUGGUUGGUUCAGAUAGAGAGCUGUAUUGAUUAUUUCUUGAUUAAAAUCUUAUUUCGUUGUAGCGCAAUCUGAACAAGGACAACAGAAAGGCACAUCUGACACUAACUAUUAACAACAGAUUUAUCUCCUGUUCUCGUCGCUAUAUAUACACCUUCGAAACGUCAUACAGCACAUUAAAGAUUUCGGUAAAAGUGAACAAUAAAUAAACUGGGAACCACACGUAAGCAGUUUUUUUACUUACAUAUUCAGAGACAUAUACAGGUUCAGCGUGAACAAAGAUAAUUGAGCUCUUUUGAGGACAGUGAAAUUGAAGGUUUACCGACGCAUGCGUAGCCGAAUGUUGAUAUGUGUCUAGCUUCUAUUAUCAAGCGUGUCAUCUCACACCUGCUUCUACUCGUGAUGACUGUUUCUUUAAAUCUAGGUUUGCAUUUGCAUCUCUGGCAGUAGAUGGCAAGAAAGCCGUCAGCGGCCAAGUCACUUACUUUGUUAGUGUGUUCUCGUAGCCUGCCAUUUAUGCAUCUGUGUGUGUCAGAUGUGCCUGUCUGUUGUCCUAGUUCAGCUUGCGCUACAAUGAAAUAAGAUAUGCCGUACCAACAAGCUAUCCUCGUUGACUUGAUGAAAAGGUGUCUGCCAAUUUUUGCGGCAGGUCUUCAGCGCUUCCUGUUUUGGCUUCAUACGUGGCUUGCAUGCACUUGUCUAAAGGUGACUCGGAAUGCUUCCACAUUCAGAACAUGUCUGCUUGGAGCUUUGCAUGUGUAUGCUACAGAACUUAUGCUUCUGCGAUGUCCUGUGAUGACCAGCCUUACACAAAGUUGAAGGUUUGAUACAUACAGCAUGAGGCAGGAUUUGACUGAUUGUCUGCCUUGUGUAAUGCUGCUAGAGAUUGUUGUUAAGACAAGCACCAUGAUAUGUGCUACAAGGCAACGACACUUGAAUGUAUGUAUGGCACGUGACGUGGAAAUAGAGUCUAAGAUAGAGAUGGUUUAUCUGUUUACGAGGUACAAGAGACAAGGUGCAUGGUGAAUCUGCAAUGUAACUAAGCAUCAGCUCAGAACUAUUGUAGGCUUUCUUUUUUUCUUUUCUUUUAAUAUUACAGAGUUCCUUUAGACAUAUGUUUGGUCAUUGCUUCCAUGAUGGGCACACCAUAAAAAUAUCUGUUACUUUUUCUAGGGCCUCUGCUGGCUGUGCUCUUGUUGCUGACCUGCUCUGCAAUUAUUCACAUAUAGUGACAGAUAACUGGUGAAGAAACAAACUUUAAAAAAAAAACUACGCUAUGUAGAAAAAAACUCUGCGUAGCUUACAUAAGUUGGCACUGUUUCAUAUAAGUUGUGCCAUUUGGUAACCACAGUACAGUUUGCUAGCACAUUUUGUGAAGCACGACGAUGAGGUAAAGUUGUUAGAUUUGUGUUGUAUUCCAAGGCCUCUCUUGAAGCCCAGUGAUAACUUGCUUCACAAUUGAAAACAUUUUCUUGAAUGCUGGGCCGAGCCACACAGGCGGUAGCUCAAAUUGAGAAUUUGAGUAUGCGAGGACUUCUUAAUCGUGAUGUCAGCAUUUUUCUUUUCUUCAAUCAUCGAUGCAUGAACUUCCUGCGGGUAGGCAGAGGUGUGUUUAUAAAUUGUGAACUGUGGCGUGUAUGAGUAUCAAACUUGUUGUGAAAGAACAGAGACGAUUGAUCCUGAACACAUUAGUUUAGCAGCAUUUCAGCGCUGUGUUUCAUGUCUAUGCCGCUGUACAGAGGAGGAGUAAGUGUGCUUGCAAUCACUUUUUGCAUAUGUACGAGACACAUGAAACAUUCCUCUGUGGUCAAUUCUCUUUUGACAUUUCUUUUUUCUUCUUCGAGAACACAGAGCUUUUACUGUAGCAGCUCACACACCCAGUCUGUUUAAUAACUAAUGAGUGCUCACUGUAGCCGUACACAAUACGAUUGUGCAUGACAAUUCGAUGCCACUCAUUCAAAACGUUCCUUAAGGUUGUGAGAAUCAUGAACGCUAGCAAGAAAAGCAAAAGGGUUCCUUCGUUGCUUGAAUGUUUUGCUAACGUACAUCUCAGAUCAAAAGAAAGGUAUGCCAGCUUAAGUAAACAUGAUCGAUGAUGACAAGUAGCAUGGUAAAUUAGCUCUUGUUAUAGUGCUUUGGAAUGAAGUCUUGUUUGUGAUGUGGUAUGUGGUGUGAGAAUGUCAUUGCAUUGUGCUAAAACUUUUCCUUGUGUGUACAGUGAUAUUACACAGGACUUUCAUUAAAGCAAUGCUGAAGGCAAACAUUGAAUUAGUCUAGAUUGUUAGAUUAGACUUUAUGGAUGACUCAGUUGCGGAAUUGCAAUUACCCUGAAAAGGCUUCACAAUUAUUGCACAAUUCAAAUGCUGGUGAUUGUGGAUUUCAUGCAUUGCUCCCUGUUUUAAGUCAGAGGACGUUGCAUUUCAAUAAAAAGCACUGAUGAAGCAGUGUGGAGAGGUAGCACCAGUGAGUUCUGUAAGGAAAUUCAACAAUAUCGACCAAUCUGCACUUUCUUCCCUGUAGGACUGCGACCUAAUGACUAUUUUAUUAUCAACGCGUGGCUGCAGUUUGCCAAUUAUAAAUGGGACACCUUAAUUACACAUUGGAGUUGGUUCUGUAUCUUCACAAUGGUAGCAUCAAUCCUGUCUUGCCAAUUAUGUCAUUUUCUCACAGGCACUCUGUCCAAGGCAUGAUGCUUUGGGAAUUUUUGAAAGCUAGUCUUACCUACUUAGAUAAACAUAAUAUUUGCCUCUAGCACACCUUAGGGUGACAAUUCUUGCUUACAGACCUAUUUUGCUACUUUUAGCAACCUCAUUUGUUUGUGUUUUUGUUUGGUUUCUUGCCACUUGCUACAUGCUAUUUGAAUAUUUGCAGACAGAGUUGUUGAAGUGGCUGAUAAGAUGUUGCCGACUUGGGAAAGACCAAGUCAAUAUAAGUUCUUGCCAUUAGUUGCAUGAAUGCUGUCAUUCAUGCUGUUGGCCUCGAGGCGUCCCUUAUAGUCUCCAGCCUCCCGUUCCUGUGCUUUAGCCCCAAUUGCUUGUCCUUUGUUCUGUACCACAGACAUUUUAAAUGCAAGUGGGGAUACAAUGACUUUGGUAGAGCUUUGCUUGGAACUUCAUGGCCUUCCUGUGUAUGGCCUAGCAUUAUACAGGGUUUUAGGAGACUGAGCUAACAGACGUGGAUGUGGAGUAUGCAUUCAUGCCUGCUAAGGUUGUGGCAGCAGGAAUAGUGUUUUGUUUAUUAGCCACAAUGUGUCAGGUGUUUACAGCUUUGCUGCAUCAGCACUUUCUGAUGUCGUUAGGAGUGCAGGAGACUGCAUGUGCAACUUUGUUGUUUGCGUUUGCCUUCAAGCUAUAAUCAUGCAGUCCACGGCUCUGUGAGCAAAAGCUAUCUGGGCACUAUGUAAUGUGGCUAUUGUGCGGAAAUUGUGCUUUGUUUUGGAAAGACCAAAUGAAUCCCAAGCUCAGCUGUGCUGUUAGGCUCCUUUUCUUUUGGUUCUGUGACCACAAUUCUUGCUAGCAUGCUCUUUCAUGAAAACACUGAUUUAAACAGCACCAAUGAGCAUUGAAACAAAGCUUAAAGUGUCGUAGAAGUGCACUUUGGGUUGUGUAAUAGUUACAUUCCAUAUCAUCGGUAAACUGUAUAAGCUGAAGCAGUCCAUAUAGCUGCCAGGGUGCGGCAACCCGUGUUUCCAAAGUUUCUGUGGCACCAUGUGUACUUUUUUACCUUAUUCAUGUCAUCGAAAAUGUGCUAUAGGCCUGAGUACAUGCUGUAGCUGAAAUAUACAAUCUGGAAGAUUGCUGUUAUCCUGUUGCUUUGGUAGCUUUGUUGCCAGAGUGCAUAAGCUCACGCUCACAUUGACUGGAUUUUGUCUGUUGUAAUCUUUACUGUGAAAAGCUCAAGCGUAUUUGUGUGUACAUGCUACAGCAUGCUGAAUGACUGCAGAGAUGGCAUCCUUGUAGAGUAAGGCAUUCGUUGGGUAACUGAGACAUUUGUGGCCAACCUAUAUUCAUGUAAACCUUUCAGUGAAGUUCCUAUUGUUAUUUUCAAGGUACAGUUUACUUUUGAAACCAGUUGUUCCUCCUUUCUGUUCUGAUUGUUAUUUGUUUACAAAUUUUGUUGUGGCCAACAGUGUGCUCCACAGUUUGGUACUUUGAUAUCUGCAGUAAUUUGCUUUGCAAUAGCACUUGCACUUGUCUUCCUUUUGAGUUUAGUGCAUGGCUAAGUUUGCCUUAUUUGACCAUGCUUCGUUUGAAAGAAUGAGUGUCAAUAAAGAAUGGCAGCUUGA